UCCACGUCGGCCGAUGAAUCGCCCUGGGUGAAUCACGAUGGUGGUUUCCCCGCGCGAGCAUGCGUCCUUCGUCAUCGGAAAUCCGUGCUUCGUCGGAUCUGUGCGCGGGGCGCGAGAUGAGUCACGUGGAUACGUCGAUUCGGAGUGAGCGCGGAUGAAGUGAUUACGAGGACUCGCUGGAUUUCCAGAGCGCGGACCAUCUCGGUCCGCGCGCGACCGAAGGGAUCAGGAUGCGGUGGAUCGGUUACGUGGCCACGAUUCUCUGGUGGUCGGGCAUCGCCAGGUCUCUCAGCACGCUGAAUCGAGGUCACAGUUACAAAAUCAGUCCGAAGCCCUGCAAGGUGCCCGGUUCCGAGGUUAAGGAAGGCACGUGCAUGUUCGUGUGGGAGUGCAUCAAGUCCGAGGGCACGCACGUGGGCGUGUGCGUGGACACUUUCAUGUUCGGCAGUUGCUGCGUCCACAACACGACGGUAAACACAAUAAGCUCGUCGCAGCAGUAUCCUCAUCAUCACCAUACUCACCCUCAUCAUCAUCAUCAGCAGCAACCGCAUGACAGUUUGUCGAGUACGCUUAGGCCGACCCUGCUCUCGGCGGAACCAGUCAGCAACGAGUCGACCAGACUGACGUCGACUUCCUUCUCGAGCUCUACCUCGUGGAUGGCCUCGAGUACGGCCAGACCGAGUUUCCAUCACUUCUCAGAAUCUCAUCACAGUUUCGUCGGAGGCUCGACCAGGCCGAUGAAACCAUUCUCGAGCGGGCUCGCGCGACCCUUGCAGAAGAGGCCGCACGCCAAGCCAACGUCCGAGCACGACGUCGACAGGUCGCAAACUCCCGCGAUACCCUCCGCGUCCCCGUCGUCGUGGGCCGACGGAAGACCGCAGGUUACGAAGAGACCCGGUCACCACGGGAGUCAUCCGCAUCAGAAGACCAGGCCGGAUGCGGGAACGCCGGGCGAGAAGCCCUCGUCCGGGUCGUCGAGUCAACCGGGCUUCAAGGAUAAACCAGACACCGCUCACAAUACUUUAGCGAUACGUCUGCCGGGGAAAGAGCACGCGUCGGCGGAGGACAAAGUCAGCGGAUCGACCUCCAGCAAUAAGCCGAGCAAGCCGACCAAGCCGAACAAACCGAGCAAACCGAGCAACCAGAGGCCCUUCGAAUCGAGACCGGACGACGGCAAGACCGAGGAUGCCGAUCUCUCCGUGCAAGAGACGAUACAUCGACCGAACGUUAACUCAGUCAUGGAAAGUGACACGGCGAAAGAGCCCCAUCCGAGUUUAAAUUUCAUACACACCGAGCGACCUCACUGGGCGACCAAACCGGCGCAGUCGAAACCGACAACGGAUUUCUCCAAGCCGUACUUCUCCAUCAAAACGACCACUUACCGGCCAAUCUCGAUAAGCAGCCAAGCAGAUCACCGGCCGAAUUUCAUCUCGAAACCGAAUACUUGGUCACUGUCCACAAAAACGUCGACCACGACUGCUAGACCGACGUAUGUGAGGCACCCUUCCACCAGCGCAGCCGGAUCCAUACCACAAACCUCUCAUUGGCAAGUGACCACAGAGCCGGCGUUCGUCACGAAGCAGAAACCUUCAUCGUUGUCGUCGUCGUCGUUCACACUGCCGUCUUCGUCUUCGACGUCGUUUUCUUCGUCUUCGUCCUCAUCCUCGCCAUCCUCGUCAUCGUCGUCCAAACCGAUUACCACGGUUACUGCAUCAGAGACCGUGAGAGUACCACCUUUAGGUACGAGCUCUCAUUUCUGGUCGAACAGCUGGACACCACCUAGACCGUCCUUGAAGCCGCAUUGGACGGAUAAUCCUGGUCUUCUCCAGAAUGGCCCCGAAAACUUCCCGCCACGACCGAGCUUCAAGCCGACCGAGUCGUUACAAAGCACCGAGUACCAGAAACCUCUGGGCUCGGCGCACUACAUAACGACGUCCCACUUGGAGACUUCAACUAGGCCGCGACCAACGAAGAAAACCACAACUCUCAGCACAACGUCGUCCACAGUGACGUCCUCGGCCACCAGCAGCAGCAGCACAGCCAGCCCGGUGACCGCGAUGGCGACAAUGACGACCACGAGCAGCACGACCAGCGCGAGCACCGCGAGCGUCACCGUCACGACGCAGGCACCGUCGACCACCGGCGCCGAAGUAGCGGCGAGCGAGAAAACAGGUUCGGUGAUGACGGUCGCUGCCGCCGACGAGAGCAAGGGCAUGCAAUGCGGCGUGCCGCCGUUAUUUCCUCGGCCGGAAACGAGGAUCGUCGGCGGUAAGGACGCGCCGUUCGGUCGGUGGCCUUGGCAGGUGUCGGUGCGCCGUACCUCCUUCUUCGGCUUCUCCAGCACCCACCGAUGCGGCGGCGCGGUGCUCAACGAGAAUUGGAUCGCCACGGCGGGUCAUUGCGUCGACGACUUGCUGACGUCGCAAAUCCGGAUACGAGUCGGCGAGUACGACUUCUCGUCGGUGCAGGAGCGGCUGCCCUACGUGGAGCGCGGCAUCGCCAAGAAGGUCGUGCACCCGAAGUACAACUUCUUCACGUACGAGUACGACUUGGCGCUGGUGCGACUCGAGAGUUCCUUGACCUUCGCCGCGCACAUCUCGCCUAUCUGCCUGCCGGCGACGGACGAUCUCCUGAUCGGGGAGAACGCGACGGUUACCGGCUGGGGAAGGUUGAGCGAGGGCGGCACGCUGCCCUCGGUGUUGCAGGAGGUCUCCGUGCCGAUAGUGAGCAACGACAGGUGCAAGUCGAUGUUCUUGAGAGCCGGCAGACACGAGUUCAUACCGGACAUCUUCCUUUGCGCCGGCUACGAGACCGGUGGACAAGACUCGUGCCAGGGCGACUCCGGAGGUCCCCUUCAGGUUCGCGGGAAGGACGGCAGAUACUUCCUCGCUGGCAUCAUAUCCUGGGGCAUCGGGUGCGCGGAGGCGAACCUACCGGGCGUCUGCACGCGGAUCUCCAAGUUCGUGCCGUGGAUCUUGAAGAAUGUCACCUGAUCUGCUCAACGAGGGAGCG